AUGGUGCAGAAAGCUUUGAUUUUCAUCGCCAAUUUGGCUUCGCUCCUGUUACACUUUUCAACAGCAGACAGAGGUAAGCUGCGGGUUCUCUUUUUCUUUUGAAAUAUAAUGGAUUAAUUGAAAUAUUGCGGCCGUGUUUCCAAGCGUAAACUUUACGCGCUCUCGGCUUGUGGCCCUUCUUUCAAAUUCAAGGAUAUCACGGCUUGCUACGGAUUACUCUCAGGGGUUAAAGAAGCCCACUUUUCUAGCCUGACCUCAGUGGUUUUCUUGCGUCCGUGCGUGACUUUCUAUGGUGCUAAGAAGAUCUGUCAUUCGAACGCUUAAGAAAUAUUGACUGCGAAACAUUAUCUAAGCCUAGCGAUGAUGCGUUGUGGUUUAUUCCUCGCGAUGGGUGGCAGCCAAUGUUUACUUCUCGCACAAAAGCACGGAUAAGGCAGGGCUGUCAAAAUUAGUUAGAGAAUUGGGAACACGUCAUAACGCGGAAUUUUUCCUUUCAAUUUCAUGUCGCUAGAUAGAGCGUUCGAGAAAUUUGAAUUUUAAAUAUCAAGGAUGACUUUCGGUCCAUUUGCCUGUAUGUUAAAUUGACUCUAAAGAAAGGAAAAGUCUUUUUGCCACCCCUUCGUGAUAUAAAUGUGUAGUUUGACUGGAGUAAAGAUUUAAUGUGAAUAUUUUAAGUCUUGUUUGCCACUCGUGGCUUCGUUAUUUUCAUUAUCGCACGCCCAAAACUCAAAUGAUAUACAGUGAAGAAACCCGACACGGAGCGUUCUAAAGUGUCUCGACUCGAGAGGGUUUUUCGAUGUCUUCUGUUUGUUUUGUAAUUAUCACCUCUAAAUUUCAACUUCCGAUCGAUACAUUGCUGACGUUCUUAUGAAAAACGAAAGAAAAAUGGGGGAAACAAGUUUGUGUUCAUUUUACUUGGCUUAAUGUAUCGUUCGCGGGACCUUCUAUUGCAAUAACUGCAUCUUUUAUUUCGCUAAUGGCUCGCAGCUUGAGAUUUACAUUUGCUAAUGAUCUCAAUCUUAACGUUUGGAGCACAAUUUGAAGAGCAAAGUGAGUUCUUUUCAUUCGCGACAGGACCCAGGGUUCUUCCCUUCAGUGAUGCCCCUUUUUAUCGCGUUCUUUAAUAAAACAUAUGAUGAAAUCGACAACUGUAUGUCCGUUUCUUUUGUUCGCGUAGCGUAUUUCAGGGACGACAUUUGCAUGCAAGAUUGAAUUGAAAAACAAAUGUUUGGGUUUAUUGGGAGAGCCAGAAAUCGUAAACAACACUUACAGAAAGCUACAGAUUUAACAGCUGUUAUUCAAAAAAUGUUUACAGAUCUGACAUUUAUAACUGGCAUCGAUGGUUGAUUGACGAAAUGUUUUCAAAUGUCGAAGAGCUCAGCGACAGGGGGACCUUUGUUCGCGGGAAAAAAAAUCCACGCGAAUUCAGUAUACAAGCAAAAAAGAUUCUUGAAACAUGAAAGGAAUGAAUUGGACGCAUUCAAACGGGAAACAAUAGCAAUAUGAAAUGCUAAUUGAUUCUAGGAAGAAAGGCGCUCGCGUUGUACUUUGGCUGUCGGCAAUAAAAUGCCAUUUCCUGUAUCAAGCCCACUGCACCUAGGUGUUGUCGUUGGUUAAAAGUGAUUUCUCUUAGUGGAGUAAAGUAAUUAAAUUAGCACCGAAAAAAAUUAAUUAAUGUAUGUUCACCAGUGAUAGCGGUCCAGAAUAAUGAAGUUUUUAUUUCUGGUUCACAACUGAAAUGCCAAAAAACGAUGAUAGAAAAGGCAAUAAAGUACUGUUCAUAUGAAAACGGAAAAUGUUUUGAUAUCAAAACCAUUACAAGGUAUACAUAUGUAUAUAUUUGAGACAACUUGGCUCCUAUGAAAUGAAGUUAUAUAAAUUUUACAAUAGUGUUUGGAGGAAACAUUAAAAAGAAACUUUAACAAACAUGCAAAUGAAUGGGACUUGUUUUUUUUUUCCCUCAGCUCUCUCUUUCUUUUUGCUUUAUCUUUGAUAUAUGCUUAUAUAUUCACACGCCAGCUUUGUAGGUCUUCAUCAUUUGUCACGUUUUGUGAGGACCGAUGUACACUAAAGUAAAUGUGUUCUUAAAAGCUAAUUUCAAGCAAAGAAUGUGUCAAUAACACACCAUUUCCCUUGACAUAAAUGUGGCAGAUUUGUGAGUGGGAGUAGAAAAUUAUGUUCAUUAAAAUAACAGGAUAAUUAAAUUUUACUUUCAUCUGAAACAAUUUCGACAAUUUCUCUUUUGGAGAUAAGUUUUUCAUAAAGAGUAAAAAUACUUCUGAAGGCACUAAUGAAAUUAAGACUUUUUCUAGAAAUAGUAUGAAAAGUAUGCUAUUUUCCUUAUGUAUAUAGAAAAGAGAAAACUUAAGGCCAAAGUAUUUACAUUUAUAGAGAGACUUGAAAGUACAAAAUGACAAAAUUAUUAUAAUUCUCCUUUGAGGUACAAGUAUGGAAGGUUUUGGUAGUUUAACCCUUGAAGUGCCAAGAGUGACCAACAUCAAUUUUCUCCUAAUAAUAUCAAUACAUAAUUAAGAGAAAAGUUUAUGAUGGGAAUAAAUGGUAUGAUCACCUAUGGGCAAAUGCUUUGAUCUUUGAACAAAUUCUCUCAACUAAUUCUGUAAGGAAAUGCAUGGAGAUCAGUUUGGAGAAUUUGUAUGUGGAUAUUGGGGCUUAAGGGUGAAUGCUUGAAGUGCCAAGACUGACCAUCAUUAUUCUCUUCUACAGCAUAAUUAACCUCAAUACAUAAUCAAGAGAAAAGGUUACAAGAAUUACUAAAAUAAUCACCAAAGGGAAUAUGCUUUGAUUUUUUGUUAAAUUCUCUCAACUAAUUCUAAAGGAGCUCCGUGGGGCCCAGUCUGGAGAACUUGUAUGUGAAUAUCAGGGCUUACAGGUUUCAGGUAUAAAAGAGAUGAUUUUCUAGAGACAAAGCUGGAAAAAAGCUAAGCUAAGCUUAGAAGCUAUGUAAGCAUCCUUAAAUCUACCAGGCAAUCUGGGAAAAGUGAGUCUGAAAAGGCUUCUUAAUGAAAAGGCUUUAUAUUAUUUUUCAUGUAAAUAAUUUCUUGCUAACACAUGUUUAUCCUUUUCUUAUAAUGAACAUGGCCUUGAUAAUGGUUUCUUAUUCUUUUUCUUUAACAUUCAAUCUAACAGUAAUUUUCUGUUUUAAAGCAGAUAUUUUAUCUCACUUACAUUUUUUUUUUCUUUGUUCCUAUUUCAUCAUUCCGUCAGCAGAAAUUGAUCCAAAUGUACAUUGUUAUUUCAAUAUAAAAAACCCUCUUAUAUGCGCCGUAACAAAUAUGCCAGUUAAUAAGCAAAUGGUAUUUUUUGUCCCUUUUUUCAUUAAAAUCAGUUUACAAGGCAGUACCUUGAUGUCAUCAAUGUACCCCUGUUUCGAUGGGACAUUUUGGUAUGAGGGUUUUAUUCUACUGAUAGUUAAUUAUUGAAGGAUGCAUGUAAAAAGGCCAUUGGUGACUUGCUGGUUUUGCACCGGCAUCUCUUACUGUGCAUAACAAGAUGGCCGCUGAAAAAAAGAGCAUCUGAAAUGAAGUUGACUGAAGAGAAACGCUAUUCACUCACUGAUUUAGGUUAGCAUCUUUUUUUUCCUUUUAAUUUAGUUUCUUUCUUUCUUUUUUCUUUCCUUUCUUGUAUUAUUUUAGUUUUUUUUUUUUUACUUUCAGCCGGCUCUGAAAAUAGAAAAUAGCUUAAGUAGUUUAAGAAAAAAACAUGUAUUUGUAAUUAUUUUUCUAAUUAUUUUUGUUUCAAGCAAACAAAAUUAUUAAAAACAAAUACAAAAACAAAGAGAUCUAAGGCCAAGUAUGAAGGCAAAUAUCUCUUAUCCGGAUUUCUAUAAACAAGAGAUCAGGCGGGCGCUUUUUUUUGUUGUUUAUUGCCAGUUGAAUGCUUUCAUCAGGAUACACUGGAAUUCUUCGGUCAAACUUCAGCUAUUAAUUCAACACAAUAAAUUUGGUUUAUUUUGAUACAUGUUUUAAACAAUGUGAUGUAUCAUACGAUACAACUUAAUAGGCAGCCAUGGUGCAUUAAAUCGUCAAUUUAGGACUCAGAAUAAGAAAAAAAAAAACGCUAAUGGAAUUUUUGCUUGCAGUUGUUUCUUGCCAAGAUAAGACUUAAUGUGUGGGGAAUGUGCAUAACAUAAGUGGUAUGUGUGUUGCUGAGUUUAACUUCCUCACGAAGAACCUCGAUAAUGGAUAUUAAACUUGUGCUUACCCACUUUGAUUUUCAUUUAAAUGCUUUCUUUAAUGCAUUGUGUCCUAAAUUUGUGAUUUCGAUGUAAAUUCUGUGAAAAUGGAUUUUUUAACACUUUCUUCCCCCUUUCAAUACAUGCCAUUUUGAAACUCGCCCCAGUCCUCCUUCAAAAAUUGGAAAAAAUGUAUUUGGUGGGCAAUUUCUGCAGCUCUACUGCAAAAACGAGAACGGCCAUAACCCUUAUUUUUUAUGUGAUGUUUUAAUAAGGACAGUGCUUCCUCCCAAUGAGAAAAAAAUUGGCACAAAUAUAUGUUCAGUUUUUUGGGCAAUUUUAACUAAAAUAAUUGUAUCGAUUGAGCUAUCACAGGUUGAAUAGCAGGUGUCCAAUUUAAUUGUACUUUGGAACGUAAAGUGAAAACAAGGGCAUUAAAAGGCAUUUUUCUAGUACAUAAGUGGAUAAACAAUACAUUAAAGUCAAGUUCUGCAUGAUACAACAUGCAUCAUCAUCAAAAAAAUUUCUCCUUUUUGUUAACUCGUGGGUACGCGCGAGCGUACCAUGAGUUAUUGCAGGGACAGGGAUAUGCAAAUGAGUCACUCGCUCACUCGUAGUAGACGCACUUCGUAAUUAAUCGGGUCCGAACUCGAGAUCGUGAAGAUCUAUCGUUUCCAAAGAAGCACGCGCUCGCCGAAGUUCUGUGGCAUCAAAUUCCUCGCUGAGAGCGUGAAUCGUGCGCUACAGCAUGGUUAGAGGAUAGAGGUCUUACCAAAUUGAAGACACGCAGGAAUCUUUCAGAUUAAUACGAUUCAACAGCCUUUCACCAGGCAUUAAACUUGAUGAGAAGAUGAGCAUUUGCUCUUCGACUCCUUCAACUUCGACGCUGGCUUGAUCUCCUACCUUGUAGUAAUGUAGUAGGUUAUGUGUAUGAAUGAAUGUAUGGUAAAUAAAGGCACUUCUUCUUUUUCUUCUUAAGGACUCCCCAAGAUCACGGGGGGAAAUGGAUGUGAUUUUGAGCAUUAGCUUUAAAAUGACAGCGGAAAUCGAGAUAAGAAAACAUAAGGUUAUGUUUUGCGUCCUAUUUCGCGGAGGAGUUGUGUCAGCUUUGUAUCAGAUAUGUUCUUUCAUUGGAAAAGCAUUAAAUUUGAGACUUUUCACAAAAUCGUGCGAUCAUCCUCAAUGGCGUAGUGGCUAUGUGACGUCGGAUUAACCCGAAGAUACCGGGUUCAAAUUCUGCUAAGGACCUUCUUUUUUCCAUCUUCCUUUUUUUUUUUUUUUUUUGUUUUGUUUUGUUUGCUUAUUUGUUUUGCUUUUUUUUUUGUUUUUAAAUAUAUACCUAAAUAACUGUUAAUAAAGUGAAAUAAACAGCAAGAAAAGUAUUGUGUUUCCAGAACAAGGAUAGUAUAUUUAUAAUUUGAAUUUCUAUCAUUUCCUAAAAUUUACUGUGGGAAAACCAUAGGUGAUAACUAAUUGAUUAUUUUCUAAACGACGUGCCCACGAGUUGACGAUAGUCUUUCUUUGAUCUAGUUUUGGCCUGUGUUUUCAGACAAUGCAUGCAGUUUCAAAUCUUUUGAUUUGUUUUGGUUUAUUGCAGUCACUUUACUACAAAGACCUGAUCCUAAAUUGUCGAAUGCCGAAAGCUGGUUUUGGAAGGCAACAAACAUUGAAGGAACAGCUGGGGUAAGGUGACAUGACCAUCAACACUAAAGCACUCCACUGUAUAGACUCCAAUCCAAGUUGCUGGGGUAGAGACAGCCUGCACCACAGGCGAAUUGAAACCUCUGGUUAAGUUUGUCUGUGAGCCAGCCUUCUCCUAGGACACACCUGUGCAUCGGGAUUUGAAUUUAUAUCAUGAUUGCUCAUUUUGUUCCCAUCCUUCCAUUUGUUCAUGUUGUGUAUUAUCGUAUUACAGUGUAAUAACAAAUAUAAAUAUCUAUUUUAUUGCAUGAAGUCUUGAUUAGUAAUUUCAUUGUACUGAGUCAGGAAUGGGGAAUAACAUAUCAAAGUUACCAGUAGAAUAUUAAUAAAUUUUGCAACAAGUUAUUACUAUUUGUUGUUGUUGUUGUUGUUGUUUUUGUUGAUUUAUUGUUUGUUUUUUUGUUUGUUUGUUUCUACCAGUGGUCUAAGAGCGCUGCUGCCAAGAAUAUUUUUUAUCAUGUCUGUGAUAUUGGCUCAGACAAUGUUAACAACUGGCUAUACAGUAAAAAUGAUGGAUUCCACCCUCCUGACAAUGUUAAAAAAGUCAACAUCACAGUCAACUUCACCAUAUCUAGAAGAUGUACUACAUUAAAGCAAAAUUGUGUGGAACAUUUUGAUGUAUAUACCUACCAAGCUACAAAAUAUUCAAACAAGUCAGAUUUUGAUCCAGGGAAUGGAAAGUACGACAAAUUAAGUACAGUGAACUUACCAAGCAACCUCUCAAGUGAGUCUGUGAUUCCUUGGAGCACUGUGCAACUGUCAUUGUUUAUUAAGGAAGGGACUUCAGAAGUGUUCCUUGCAAUUCAUGACCAAGGAGCUUGUCUUAAAAUCAACUCAGUCCUGGUUACGUACAGUGUUUGCGCUAAAAGGACACUGCCAGAUAGUCUUGUGGUGUUACCACAAACAAUGGCUCCAACAAGUGAAUCUGAAACAGUCAAAGUUGUGGGUGAAUGCACAGACCACUCUGAAUCCACAUCACUGGAAUUAGAAGCUAUCUGUAAAAGUAAUGGGGACUGGCUCAGAGCAGAAAAUGGUACAGGGGUGUGUCUUUGUAAACCAGGCUGGGAGAAAGUGGCAGCUCAAUGCCAAGGUACUGUGCAUGUUGUACAACUAAAGUGCUUAAUUAUGUUAUAAGUCAUAUUAAAUUUCACUAGGUUUUAAUUAAUUUUGUGAACCUUAAUUAAUUUGCAAUUUCCUUUGGCCCCUUGCCCUCAGAGAGAAAGGAGAAGUGAAAAGCAACCAAGGUUAAAUGAAAAUUAACUUGAAAUCAUAUUUGUUUCAAAUCAAACGUUUUUCAUACCAAAGUAAUUAAGGAGUAAUUUAGAGCCUCGUUAUCUGUGACAGUCUUCCUGUUGUCAGUAAUGUAAAAAAUGGCCGAGAACAUUACGUUAACAGUGUUAAGCAUGAUGCAGCAAAGAUAAAGCUUACAUGUAGCUAAAGACCCGCUUAACCUUGGUGGGCUGUAGACUGCAUGUGAAAUUAUUAGACUCUCUGAGACCCCCUGGCUUGUGUAUUAUCUAUUUCUUAAAUACUAUGUAAACAACCGAUACCUUUCAGGAAGAGAUUGUAAUUAAAAAAAUGAUGGACGAACGAUAAGGUAAUUCCCACCGUCCGGGACCGUCCGGGUAAUGGUUUUUUAGUUACUGCAUGUCCCGCCAGUACCGCCAUAUUGAAAUGCGAGCCACGUAGAAAACCGCUGAUAUUUUAUCUCCUGUAGGCAGGCUUCUCGGCGUGGAGUCACGCAGUGCUCUCUGUUGCGUGACUCCUGCCCGAUAGAGGACUACUGUUUCAAAGCAGUGUCAAGGGCUCAUUGUUCUUUUUUCCCAGUAUUCUAUAAGCUAUCGCACUUGUAUCAAAUUAGUAAUUUUACGUCAAAAACUACGUUUUUGCUAAUGCCGCAUGGAUUGUCAUAAUUAUUUUAGUUAAGUUAUGGUAAGAUUUCCCAAUAGUUUGGGUACGUUUCGACGCUGUUCAACUAUGUUUUCGAGAUAGUGUGAGAUGCAUGGGUAAUUCAUAUGCAUUGGGGCUGAACGGAAAAGUUCCGUUAUGUUAAUAAUUAUUAUGUUUUUUUGUUGUUGUUUUCUUUCUUUUAUGUUUUUGUUUUGUUUUGUUUUUUCUUUUCUCAAUUUUUAUUUCAUCGAUACUGACUAGCUAAGAGCGCUUUGUUUAUUUUUUCUUCGCAGAGUGCAAGGUAGGUUAUUUCAAAGACAAGUUGGGAAAUACCGAAUGUACGGAAUGCCCAUUGAACAGUGUCACCGAAACGGUGGAAAGGAAAUACUGCAAGUGCAAGCGGGGAUCCUUUCGCGCUGCAUGGGAGAAGAUUACAGACAAUUGCACAGGUAGGACUGAAACACUUUAUCUUUGGGAUGAAAUUUUAAUGGUAAGACAAUCAGAUAUUGGACCACUUUUCCCAGACAACUGCUACUUUGUUUUCAUACCACCCUCACUGGUAACACUGGCAUCAUUCGAGACAAAUGUUUAUAUUGUUUGCCCAGUCUUUCUGUGAGUUGAUUGCUGCUGUCACGGGUGUUAAUGUCAUUGCGCAUUUAUUCUUUCUUUCAUUCAUUGAUGCGUUCGUUCGUUAAUUGCAAUUCAUUCAUCUGUUCGUUUGUUCCGUUUUAUUCAUUUCAUUCAUUCGUUCGUUUCGUCCGUCUGUUCCUUCGUUUCUUCGUUCGUCCGUUCGUUCAUUCAUUCAUUCAUUCAUUCAUUCAUUCAUUCAUUCAUUCAUUCAUUCAUUCAUUCAUUCAUUCAUUCAUUCAUUCAUUCAUUCAUUCAUUCAUUCAUUCAUUCAUUCAUUCAUUCAUUCAUUCAUUCAUUCAUUCAUUCAUUCAUUCAUUCAUUCAUUCAUUCAUUCAUUCAUUCAUUCAUUCAUUCAUUCAUUCAUUCAUUCAUUCAUUCAUUCAUUCAUUCAUUCAUUCAUUCAUUCAUUCAUUCAUUCAUUCAUUCAUUCACUCACUCAUUUUAUUUUCCAUUGAUUAUCCCAUUUCAUUUCUUUCUUUCUUUCUUUUUUUCUCUCCUUUUCUAUUCUAUUCUAUUCUAUUCUACCCUGCUCUAUUCGAUUCCAUUCCAUUCUAUCCAUUCCAUUGUGUUCUAUCUUAUUCUAUUUUAAUUGAAUCAUUCUGGCUUUCUUGAUUCAGUUGAUUAAUUUGAUUCGAAUUUACAUGUACUGAACAUUGUUAUACUCCUAUCACUGUACUAUACAGGCUAGUACCGUUCACCUUUUACUAUACAUUCCCAACCCUUGUUUUCCUUUUUCUAAAGCUGUACCAUCAAAACCAAGACACCUGCGAAGCCUUGCCAGAAAUCAAACAACAGUGAGCUUGUCCUGGACCCAUCCCCAUCACUCUGGGGGACGGAGGGAUGUGUAUUACGAAAUAGAAUGCAAGGUCGUAUGUCAGAAGGAACAAACAAGCUGUAGCCAGGACUGCGGUUCACAAGUGGUCUUCCUUCCGAGGCAAAGGAAUUUGUCACACACCAAGGCCACUGUUACGAAGUUAUUUUCGGCGACGGCUUAUAGACUCAGGAUUUACGCGAAAAAUGGUGUCAGUGCAGUGGCGGAGAAAGAAGGCGUCCCGUCCGAAUUUGCAGAAUUAGAAAUUACAACGCUCGAGUCAGGUAUACAUUGAUGGUGGGGUCUCUUUUUCCUGUACGAAAUCUAUUAAUUAUACUGUAAGAUUUUGUUCGGUUCUUUUCAUUUUAUUAUUAUCAGCCAAGUUUUGCUUUGCAUGCAUUCGAAUGGAGAAGGGACCUAUUGGUUAUGGGCAACGAUAUGAUUGUUUCGUUGUGUAAGAUUUAAGAAUUGAAUAAUUUCUGUGCCUUUUUUCGCUGACUCCUCUUCCUCACUUUUAAAGAUUUAGUAAACAGACACUAUGCGAACUGCGUAGACUUGAUCAUUCACGCUGGAUUUUCAUAUACUAAAGGUUGACAUCAAAAGGUUGAUUUCCACUGUCUGGCGCGUUUUUGGCUACGCACGUUAACGCACGUAAAUUUUAAUCACGUAAAUAAAACAGAGGCAAGAUAAAAAGAGCUAAACUUAAACCAGAAGUUCAACGAGGAUCAACUUUUACGCUUACGAGCGACCUUUCCGCAUUGGCUCUAUUUUAUUUGCCAUCGUAAUUUUUACGCACGUAAGCACGUAAAAAUUACGCGGCACUGGAAAUCAACUCGUGGAUUUUCACUUUCGCGUAGUUUUACGUGCGUAAAUGAAACAGGUCGCCCGUAAGCGUUAAAGUUGAGCGAGGGUUAACUUUUACAGUGGAAAUCCACAUUUGGUGACAAAAAUUUCUAAACCAAACGUAUCUAUUUUCAUCUCAGCUCCUGAACAGCCCAUCGUAACUGUAAAAAGGCUUGACAGCACGUCUAUCCGUGUUUCAUGGAAACUUAAGAACGGGAAUAAAGGCAUUAAGUACUUUUUGGUGAUGUAUCAUCCAGUGGGACGUGAGUCUGAGAAGAUAACAAAAAAUACAACUAAAAUGGAGCUUACAGUAAACGGACUCGAACCUGAUACUGAGUAUGAAUUUGUGGUGAGUAACAUCUCUAUGGUUGCCACAGGUCAGGAAAUGGUUAGGGGAAAAAAUUCCUUCAAGGUCAGGGAAAAGUCAGGGAAUAUCACUUUAAGUCCGGGAAAAUUUUUGUCUGAAAGAAUUAAGUCAGGGAAAAGUGAAAUUUUAAGAGUAUAUAUUUAUUCUUUUCCCUUUAUUUAUAUAAUUUUCUACCCUUUAAAAUUCUUUUGUACAUUUUAUUGAUAUGAAUCGUGUUGUAUUGGUAGAAUGUUGUUCAUGAAAUUGAACGACGAGCUGAUGUUGGAAAAGAAAAUCUAUUCUUUUUGCACUUUAUGUUAAGGAAUUAACUAUCAAUUCUUGUACACUGCGUGUAGAACUUAAGAUCAUAGAUUUUUAGCGAUUGGUGUCGUCGGUUAAACCGGUGACCACGCGAGUUUUUGAUUCCUCCUCUAGUAAUUUGCUUUUUGCUUUUUUUUUCUGUUUAGGCAAAAAUGUCCCUUAGUUCAGUUAUAGUUGUAGUAGGGUUAGCAAAUCUAUCUUGCUCUUGCGAUCAUUGCGUGAACAUUGAGAACAAACCAGACAAAGGACUCCUCCCUCAGAAUCAAUUUUGUUUCUGGCACCACGUGACCAUCGAGCUCCAACCAGGGUCUCUCAGGGUCUCUCCCUCUCGAUCCGAAUGGACGAAUAGGAGAGAACCCUGGGAACGAGGUUGAUGUAUAUGUUGUUUCGCUCUCGUUGUUCUCACUUGCGAUAACUAGGCAGUUUUAAAUUCUGCCAAAUUUUCAAUCGAUCGUGUUGGAGUUGACAAAAUAACUGUUUGAGGAAUUUCCCAUUAUGUUUAUUAUGUUUUGGAUAAAGAGAAAAAUCAAUGGAUUUGACUAAAAAGGGAAAAUAGUUAAAACUUAAAAGUGAUUGACCUUUUUAAUUGAAUUAGUCGACAAUGACCAGUCUGAGAUCAGUCCGCCACAUGCCGUUGUAUGUGUAUACGUUACUCUAAUACGAUCUAUCUCUCUUGAUUGAAUUCCUCUGCAAUAGAAAAUCAACUAAGAUAGCCCCUUCAAUCUGAUUAGCUCGUUGACGACAACGAAAACAACCACGCUGUAUUUGAAUAUUUGUUUGCAGGUCGUUGCAAAGAACAGCAUGGGUUUUGGACCAGAAAGCGGCGAAGUCAAAGCAAAAAAGAGUGGAAUUGGUGAGACAAGCAAUGAUCUUUACAUAUCAGCACAAUAGACUUCUUAUCUUAACUCAUUAUGUAUUCGAAUGUAGCCCAUUCCAAAGAGGCGCUAAGCCUCUUUAUAAACCAAGAAGAAUUAUACGGAAGUGAGUUUAAUUUGCAUGUAAAUGAAAACUUGUUUUCAGACAUAUGAUAGGAUGGGCACUUUGACUUACUUAAAGGCAAUUCCAAAACUGGGCGAUUUUUGUUUCUUCAGCCUGGAAUGCCCAUGUUUUUACUGUUGUCGCUGUCUUAUGGAGAUACCAGGUUCUGACCAGCGUAUGCUGUGUUGUCUUUCUUUUUUCUGCUCCAGGCCCCAAAGUUGAUGAUGGUAAGAAACUAUGGCUUUUAAUUGCUAUAGCGACGGGAAGCACUGUAUUUGUUCUGGCCGUUGUCGUGAUUGCCAUUGUGGCCGUGACGAAAAAGAGGCAAGAUAAAUUAAUUUAUUUAACACUUCAUGUAGAUGCAAUGAUAAGAGUUCACACCCAGCUUGACCUCUUUAGUUAGGGCCUGUUUAGAUGGAAGUGGGGGACCCCAGGUAGGCGAGGUAACCCUUUCAAGUGGGGUAAACCCCUGUGUAUAUAGUUUCACAUAUGGUCACCCCACCUAUCAUGCAAACAUGAUCAAAUUAAAAUGGGAGAUUAUAUGGACAGGCGGAUUACCCCACCUAAGUGGCUUACCUCACCCACUUGGGGCCACCCACCUCCAUGUAAACAGGCCCUUACAAUGGACUGUUCUCUUGAAACCAAAGAUCAGCCGUUCCAACUGGGGAUGUUACACCUGUAAGGUAACCAGUGUGAACUCUUGCUGUGGUGUAUGCUAGAAGAGCCCUUAGAGAUACUAACAAUAUGUACCAUACCUACUCGUUCUAAGUGUCGGAUUAACACCGAAAAGUUAUCCUUAAUGCACAGUAAAUAAAUUGCAAUCUGAGACAUGCCAAUUUCAUCCAAUCUUGGGACCCUAAGAGACCAGUUUUACCCCAUAAGGUAGUUAACAACCAUGUGCGGUCAUAGUUUAUGAGGUAGAGUGAUCACGGAGGAUUUUGAACUGGACUGUUCCUCCAGAACACCCCGUUUGUUACCCAGCGACAGUCUUACUUGGGGAUUCAAUUACCAUUCAUUAUUUUCAAAAGAAAAGGUUACUUACCCUGCACUGUUUCUGUGUACGGAUUUUGAUCAUUCUUUUGGGGAGCUCCUUUUUCCAUUCAUUAUUAUUACAUGCCCAUCUUCUUUUAAGAGUGAAGCGUUGGGACUCCAUCAUAUUUGACUAUUAUUUCUUUCGUUCAUAUAGAAAAUACAGAAAAAGAGCUAACACCUUUGAAGGUGAGUGAUAGCAUAUGCAUAUAAGCGCAACGUGCGGUCAUUUAAGAGACCUUAAGAUUUGAGGACGAGCUGAGAACGACUAAGAAAAUAUACAUUUUACUUUAUUUUAUUAUUAUUAUUUGUUUUUUUAAAUAGACACCCCCCGAAGGCUUCAUUGUGUUUGUUUGUUUGUUUUUAAGAGGAAAAGUUGACACCGUUAUUUUUUUACUGAUUAGGAGGUUUAACGUUCUGCCGAUCGGAAAAUUAUAAAACUUGUUUCCGUAACUACGAUAUUUUCGACAAAACCCGCAGUAGAAUUACGACAUCUAUUGCGUUUUCCCGCCAACCCUAGCUCACGUGCGCGCAUAGUAUUCUCGUCCUCGUAUUCUUCCUCGUUUUAGAAUUUAAAGGUCUCUAUUUAGUGAUAGAUACAAUCGGGAGUUUGCUAACUACCAGUGAAGCAUAAGAAAGCCGAAAAGACCCAAAGCCAACUCUGAUGUAUAGCAAAUUGUCAAGAGCUCGCGCUUUCCCUAGUCAUUGUUAAUUUUUUUCUUGAAUUUUAAUUUGCCUGUUUUGUAUCCGUAUCCGCAGCAACGGAGCUAUUCUCAAACAAUGGCCUCUCGCAGUACGUUGACCCCAGUAACUAUGAAGAUCCCAUGGAAGCUGUCAAAACGUUUGCGGCCGAGGUCGACAGAAGUCAAGUCAAAUUGGAUUGUGCAGUUGGUGGAGGUGUGUGAUGUCUUGAAUUAUUCCUUCGAGUAAUAUCACAAUAAUCAUUAUUAUAUAUUUUCUAUUACAAAUGAUUUUCCUCACAUCCUUGCUAAUGCUUAUUAACCUUACAAAGAUCUACCCGUGCUAGUUUAUAAUAUACACGGAUUAUUAUUCAGUCUUGUUGAUUGUUUUAUACUAUUGUUCUUAUUUUCUUUUGUCUGCCAUUAAACUAGGCGAAUUUGCUGAAGUUUUCAAGGGGCUAUACGAUGGGUCAACUGUUGCAGUAAAGAUUCUAAAGGUGCGUUAUAACGAGUCCUUUGUAGGGGGGUACUAACGCACAUCAAGUAGCUUUGAAAAUGGCCCUGUUGUAGGGUGGUAUCCCUGUGGUAUCUCGACAUAGUGCAUGAUGGGAAAGGGAAAAGCAAGAUGUGUUGUUCGGAAUAAAGUUGUGUUGGUGAACAUCUGCUGCGUUGUCUCUGAUCCGACAUCUUAUAACUGGCCCCAGAGCAAGAACUACUACCUUAAAAGUGGAAAGCUGGAUUGUUGAUGUAGAAAAUUAAACACAAUCCGACAAAAUUAUCCGUAUCAUGCCAAUGUUUCUGUAAUCAAAUUUUUGCGUGAUAUAUUUAAAUGCAAUAAGUUUUCAUAGUGGCUGUCAGGUAAAAAAUGUGUCCCUUUUUUGUAUCCAACAGCAAGGUUCUACUAUUAAGAACACAGAAGACUUUAUGUCCGAGGCAUCCAUCAUGGGCCAGUUUAGACACCCCAAUGUAAUCCUGCUUGUUGGCGUGGUAACAAUUAGUACGUACAGUGUUCAUGUGUUUGUUUAUUCCUUUGUUUGCGUUUUAUUGUUUUUGUUAUUUGUUUGUUUGUUUCUUUUAGUCGAUUCAUAUGCGUUAUUAAUGCAUGACAAGAGAGGAUCCUCUCUUGUACAUGAACAAGGUCACAUAUUAGCUCAUUAAUAUUUCGCGACCCAUGCGUCAAUUCCUUAGUUUUCUUACGGUUGCUUUGUCACUGGAUAUUGCUGACAUACAGCUGAAAAUUUAACCAGUUGCUCAAGUUAACCAGCUUUUAUCUUUUGAAGUUAAUAUUUGCCUGUGGGUUAACGCGUAUAUCAGUGAGCAAAAAUGCAGCAAAAACGCAGCUAACCCGAGAUUUGCCUAAUUGUCAAGAAUACGUGAUGACGUCUCUCGUACUGUGGAUACAAGGAGUUUUUUUCUUGCGUGCUCGGGAUUCCUCGGUGUCGGCCGGAGGCUGACAGAUCUUCGGCCAAAGGCCGAAGAUAAAAGUGGCGUGACCGAACCGGAAACCGCGCAUGAAAAGUCUCUGGCACCCCCUAGGGUAGGUGCUUCGUUGCCUUUGAAGUGAGCAGCACCUAUGAAAAAUAAUUAUUAUAUUCUUCCAAUGCUUCAGGGUUGAUACGGCCUACACACAACGUUCUAUUUGCUAAUUGUGGUGGCACUAGAUUGUCUUAGUUAGCUGCAAAAGGUUGUAAUUAAUUGCUACCUCUAAAGUUUGUAUUGGUUAUUUCAGGUCAACCAAUGAUGAUUGUUACAGAGUUUAUGGAGGGUGGAUCACUGGAUCAAUUUUUAAAGGUGCGUUUGAUCUCCUGGUUUGGCAGAGCUGGGGAUUUGCCCGCCAUUUGUUAAGUGUGAUUCCCCGUAGGGUGGGGCGCGUACUCUUUUUAAGUUACUCUAAAGCUGGAGCCGGUUCAAGAAGAUUAUUUCCAUAGAGCAAACAUUUCCAAGGGAUGCAGUUAUCAAGAAAAGCAUAGCCAAGCAAAGAAAUUUGAUAUCGUGUCUUUCAUUGUUAGACUUUAAAACUACCCGUAUGUAGUUUGACACUUUGGCUGCAUCUAGAUGGGCUCGAUUUCCUCCCUUUUCUGAGUUCCUGUCAGUGCGGGCUCAAUUCCCGAACAAUGGUAAACAAGCCUACUGCAUCUGCGGUGCGAUAAGUUUGCCUUGUUAUAACCAGAGUGGAUAGUCUGAAAAAAAAAGCACUUUAUUUGAGUGUCAAGGUAUUUGGGGACACUAUUUUUUUAAGUCUCCAACUGUAGACGGGACCGCCAUUUUACGUGGUCAUCCGAGCCAAGCGAAGAUUUAGCCGGUUGCAAUGCAAAGGAAGUACCUGUAUGGUAUUGUUUUCUCUUAAAGGAACACAAGGGCAAACUUACUCCCCUACAACUUGUUGGCAUGAUCCGAGGAGUAGCGUCUGGAAUGGUGUAUCUUUCAGCCAUCAAUUUCAUACAUAGGGUAAGUCACAAAAAUAUUGGUUAGUAAUCUUACUUUUAUCCAUCCAUUCAUGGGUCCGUCCGUCCGCCUGCCUACUCACUCAGUGGUAUAAUGGUACCCUAGUUCGACCACAACAUACAUAAUACCCAAGUUAACUUCUAAGGUCAGUGAUUGGCAGAAGUGUCAAAUGUGCAUGUGAUCAAUAUUCUGCCAGUAGAUCAUCUGCAGCUACCGUUUAUAUCCGUCUGGAAAAAGAACGAAACGUCUUGCAUAAAAAAAGAGUUCAACCUCCACAUAAUUUUGUUUGUACACCUACAUGGCCGCCUUUGUUUUUUGGUAGACUAAUAUGACAGCCUCGACGUCAUGUAGGAAUGAUCUGUACGCGGGAACCAACCGUAAAUUGUAUUACUGAAAAUUUUAAUUUUAAUUUUAUUCUGCUGCUGGUUGCGUAGGGAAUAAACGAUUGUUUUAACGGCGCAGCUGAAAAACCAGUUUCUUUACUUUCUCAAGACCUUUCGGGUCAAGUUGUUCUUUUUUCUUUCUUUCUAUAUUCAUUAUAUUUUAGGAUCUUGCGGCCCGUAACGUUUUGGUUGGCGAGAACAUGAUUUGCAAAGUCUCUGACUUUGGUCUUUCAAGAGAGUUAGAGGACGAUCCAGAUUCCGAGUACCAAACGCAGGUAAAACUUCUGCUUUUUUUUUCUUUUGCGUGAAAGUACUACUGAGCUGUAUCAUUUUAUGACCGCUUGAAAUAAACGUGACUUACCCCUUCACCUAUUACCUCUAGGGUGGUAAAAUUCCUAUUCGUUGGACGGCUCCCGAAGCUAUAAGAUACCGGAAAUUCAGUUCUGCUAGUGACGUGUGGAGUUUUGGAAUUUUGAUGUGGGAGACCAUGGCAUUUGGCGAAAGACCAUAUUGGGACUGGAGCAACUUUGAGGUAACAUUGAACUUUAGGGUCAUCAGGUUAACUUAAACAUUUUGAAGCUUUAAGGUACCAAGUGUCUUGGGUUAAGGCCUUAGUGGCUUCAUUGUUUACCUAAGUAUCAAGUUUACAACUCCCCCCGCCACUGUCACCACCACCACCACCCCUCACCCUCCCCAUCCCCCUCUGCCUCCUUAGCAAAUGCGCUCUCUCGCUUUAUGCUCCUUAUCGUAGUUAUGGGCGUUGCCCCCUUUUGAGAUGUAUUGUUUCUCCUUUACAGGUUAUUGACAGAGUAGAAGCAGGUUACCGUAUGCCAGCUCCAGUGGUAUGUUUCUGCCUUGUUAGUUAGUUUGUUUGUUUGUUUAAUUGUUUACUUGUAGCUAGGUGGUCAAAAACAAUUCUACUCGAAGUCAUUGAAGUUCUUAUAUAUUUCAUCCCAGCCCAACACUUUUUCCGUUUGUUUGUCUUUGUUUCUCUUGUUGUUGCUGUUUGUUUGUUUGUUUUAAAUGGUAGCUAAACGGUUUCUGGUGAGGCUCUAUUUAGAAGAGGGUCUCUGUUGGUCUUCACUCAAUUGAUCCAAAACUGAUGCUUUCGUUUUCCGACUUCGUGAAAUUUUGGUUUUGUUGUUGUUUCCGUUGUUCAUUCGUUUUUUUUUUUUUGGUUUUCUUUAACCAAUCAAGUCACGUGAUCCAUCUUAAUGUAAUUUUCAACAAGUAGCAUCACCAAUGAUAACCAAGGUCGGCUAUACCACUUUAACUCUGUAAACCCUAAGAUCAAAAACUGAAUUCUCAUUUGUUGCCCCUAUUCAUUUCGUUCAGAAUUAGUGGGGAGAAGUUGAUAAAAUAUCAAGCAAAUUCAUCUUGUGUGAUUAUGUCCGUAAUUCUCUUGAAUACUCUGUUUUACAAAGCAUUGAUAUUAUAAGGAGAAAUUUGAUGCCGAUCACUCUUAGGGCUUGAAGGGUUAAGAGACUUCCUUGUGAAUACUUUACUCGAAUGAAACUAAACCCGGUAGAAAUUUCAUGGAUAUUUUUCCACUUUUUUCUCGGUUGCCCUACCCAGAAAUGCCCAAAAAUCGUGCACGGCGUUAUGAUGGAUUGCUGGAGUCAAGACAGAACACAAAGGCCGAGGUUUAAAGAGAUUUUAAGAAGAUUAGAAGAUCUUAUUCGCACACCAGAAAUGCUCAACGACGAUCUGGUUUGCUAUACAAGGUGAGUGCCUCUCCACAUAAGUAUUUUCUGACCACGUUAGGCAUUAAAACUGUUUCCUGUAGUCUGUUGCAGCAGAAGGCAAGGAUUAAUAUGAGUAAAAUUGAAAUAGUUGAGAUAACGUUUUUUGGUUUUUAAUACUAUGCCUGCCAAAAUACCCCCCAAAUAUAAGUGUACAGGAGCAUUUUAUGUAUGAGUAAAGGCACUUAGUAAUGACUUUAGCACAGGAAAACUGCUCAGCUACCCCUCCCCCAAGCCAGCAUUAACACUUACUUCUCACUUAGGACAAAAUGUUGGCUUAGGGGAGGGGUAGGUGGGCAGGUUCCCAGAAACGUAUAAUGAUCACAGAGUUGUCCUCUAACAGUAAUAUCCUCGUGGCAUACUGGAAGCCCCUUCAACCCUUUAAACCCUAACAUCAAAAUUUGAAUUCUCAUUUGUUGCUCCUAUUCAUUUCCUACAGAAAUAGUGGGGAGAACUUCUUGUUCUCAUGACCACUCUGUUUUACAAAGCAGUGUUAUUACAAGGAGAAAUUUGAUGAUGAUCACUCUUAGGGCUUAAAGGGUUAAAACGUCUCUACCUCUUUUCUCCUUCAGUGCCGUGUCAGCAGACUUCACAAAGUUAAAUACGAUCAGUGAGUGGCUGGGUAGCAUUCAUAUGGGGCAUUAUAUCGCUAACUUCAAGACUGCGGGAUACAACGACUUAACCCAAGUAACACGUAUCAAAGACAACGACCUGAAAGAUAUUGGGGUUACGUUAAUAGGCCACAGGAACAAGAUUUAUAAAAGUAUAAAGUCCAUGAGGAGACAUUUUGACAACAUGCCCGAAGCCGUUUAACUGGGUGAAGAGUUAACGGCUGAAGUUAGCCGAAGAUUAGCGAAAAUUCCCCAAGAUGUGCCGAGGCUUGAAAAUGCUCUUUUGAGUUUUAAGAUUAUUGGUUUAAAUACACAUUCAAGAGCUCUAUUUUUGAAUUUUUAAGAAUAUACAUUAAAUUAUAGGAUUUCGGACCUAAGUGUUCUAAGUUGGUCUAACUUACCCGAGAAAUGGUAGUCCAAAAUCUUUUGUUUUCAUUCGUAUAUUUAAAUAUUAGCUAUAGCAAUUGGCAUUGGCUAUUGCAUCACGUUUUACGUGUAAAGAUAAUACUAAAUGAAAAAACUUAAUGUGCAAUAAUAAAAUAAAGCGAAGAGCUUAAGCCCUAGGCUUAUUAUAUUUAUGUAAACAGAACAGUAAGGUAGUUGGUCAAUCACCAAUCGAGUCCGUAGCCCCUUUUGAGUUCGUUGCACAGUAACAUUAGUGGAAUUAUGUUGAUUUAUGGUAUCAGUUUUAACAGGUGCCUUUUCUUGACUACAUAUAUAGCGACGAGUUUUCGGUUUGAUCGCUUCUUUCAGUAGUGUUUGUUUGCAUAAACUAUAUAUGCGAAACCGCUAUGGGUUUUAAGUUCUGUUAUUAAAUCUGUAGUGGAUGUGUGUUGUUGUGUGUACUAA